AUGUCAUCCUUUGCUAGCUUGUAUCAGGUCACCGUUGUCCGUGCCUGCCUUUGUCUGCUGCAAGCUGCGAAACAACUCAGGGGUUUUCGUCUGCAGCAAGUUGCACCUCACAGCCUCCAACUGUGGAUGUAUUAUCAGGCCAAACACCACCACCAAACAGCCAAGUCUCGAGAGCGGGGCGAACCCAAAGCUUCCGCAGCUUCGAUUCCGGCUUCGAUUGCAACCCUCCACAUCGGGUUGUGGUUCCUGCGGCCCCUGAAAUUAGCCCGUGCUCUGGCCGACCCUGUCAGCGGCCAAAGCUUCCUCGAAGCCGCUUUCGAUCUGCGUGCAGGGGGGGAAGCGAUGCAAGCAAUCCACCACGAGUUCUUUGAUGGGGAAGGGGGGCCCGCAGAUGAGAACCCCGUCAACACGAGAUUGGCACAGUUUGGUGAGAUUGAAGCAGAAACGCUUGGGGAGACCGGCGACCGCGACUCUGGCGUCUGGUUGGGCGCAUGGACACGCCGAUAUGGCCGAACAAGUCUGGGCAUGGGCAUGAGUCGUCCCCCCUGCAUGGGGCUCCAAGGCUUCCACGAUGCUUCGCCGAAGCUUCUCCCGCCCCAUGUCGGCGCCAGUGGAUCCUCACAGGCCUGGCUCAUGCCCGGCGCAGGGGCCCGAAAGCCCUGGCCAGCUUUCCAGCUUCUUCAGCCCGAGCUUGGGCCUUGCUGUAACUUCCCCAAUAGUGAGCACUGUCCCAAGAACCACGUGCUCCGGCUCCGGAAACCCGGCCGCCGGCCCCACUUCACCGGCCGGCAGCCCGGCUUUUUUGAACUAGCAACCUCUCCAUGA